UUGAUGACGACGACCGGAAGCGUACUUUCCGCGAGGUGCUGGUCGACAAGUACGGGCGAAAUAGCGGAUAAACAAUCGGCACAUUUUAAAGAGAUCUAAGCAGAAUGACCAGCGGCCAGGACCAGAAGUGGCAGAAGGAUGCAACGGAUCAAAACUUCGACUAUAUGUUUAAGAUUUUAAUUAUAGGAAACAGCAGCGUCGGAAAAACUUCAUUCCUGUUUCGCUAUGCAGACGACUCGUUCACGUCUGCAUUUGUGAGCACCGUUGGAAUUGAUUUUAAAGUUAAAACGGUUUUUAGGCACGACAAAAGAGUCAAGUUGCAAAUUUGGGAUACUGCGGGACAGGAGCGCUACCGCACCAUCACGACGGCCUACUACCGCGGUGCUAUGGGAUUCAUCCUGAUGUAUGACGUUACCAAUGAAGAAUCCUUCAAUAGUGUUCAAGACUGGGUGACUCAGAUCAAGACCUACUCCUGGGACAAUGCCCAGGUGAUCCUCGUAGGGAACAAGUGCGACAUGGAAGACGAACGCGUCGUCAGCACGGAGAGGGGCAAGCAGCUGGCCGACCAGCUGGGCCUAGAGUUCUUCGAGACCUCCGCCAAGGAGAACGUCAAGGUGAAGGCGGUCUUCGAGCGCCUGGUGGACAUAAUCUGCGACAAGAUGUCCGAGAGCCUGGACUCGGACCCGGCCCUGGUGGGGGCGUCAAAGGGCACCCGGCUGACGGACAACCCGGCGCCCCCCAAUGCAGGCUGCCAGUGCUAGGCAAAACCGUUGCGCUUUCUGUAUAAAUGUGUACAUAUAUAUACUACCUUGGAAAAAAACAAACAAACAAAAAAGUGCAGUAACGCACUUCUAGUCAUCCUUUUGAUCCGGGAAAGCAUCGUAAGAUUAUUUACACGUAGAGGAGGCUCGAUUGUGUGUCACAGCUUGCCUUGUUAUAGCCCGGCACAAUCACGGGGGCCCACAUUCCACUCUAUUUCCCGCCGUCAGUUCACCGUCGUUGUUGCCCGAUAGUUUCUCGACUGCCGUUUUCUCGUCUGUCUUUAGACAACGGAGUGUUAGAAAGGUUUCCAUGUGCGUCUCGUCUCUUGUCGGCUGUGGUAGGUAUUGACUUGUGUAAACCUGAUCGUAAUAAAAUGAAUUGGAGCAUGCUC